AUGCCGUCAUCUCAAAAGCGCAGGCUUUCCCCAGUCGAACACGCGCCUCCAAUACAACCCGCAGUUGCGGACAGGUGUGCAGAUCUCCCUGUGCAAUCACGUUCACAGGAGCAGAAGUACCAGAACCAAGAGCUGCGACAUCAGCUGCGGCAGCAGAGCCCUUGCGUGCUCUCUGGCCGAAAGAGGGCACUGCCCUCAGAGGUGCCCGUGUCUAAGGCUUGUCGUAUCAGAACUAGCAAUGAAGGGGAAGCAGCCAUUGCGGCAGUUCCAACAGAGGUCCAGGCUGCAACAGCGGGAGUAGGAGCAUCAUGUUUAACUGCAGCAGUCUCAGAAGAAAAACCCACCAUGGGGUCUGCUCCCCCUCCGGAUGCACCAUCGUCGUGUGUUGCCCUUGUGCCGUAUGGACAGAACCAUAUCUACGAGCCGCUAUUGCGGCCUCUUCAGCAGCAGCAAGAUCUUCUAAUGCAGCAGAACUUAGCAGACCCUCUUGCUGCGCUCUCCGAGAUCCAGGAGCCGCAACAUUUCAUACGGGGACUAACUGCAGCAGAAGCCGUUGCGAAGGCCGGUGUGUUGCUGAUUCCAGCAUCAACACGAGCAAGGGCCGAAGCAGCACAUACAGUAGCGAAAACAGCCGCUGCUGCUGGUGCUGCACUACGAUUACCUUUUCAUGAGCGCUGUCAUGCUGCAGCUAAUGAGCUGCAGCGCAUCCCGGUUGUUGCAAUAGCAGCAACGGGAGCUGUGGGCAGCUGUGCCUUUACGGCAGAGAGGACGAGGGUGCGAGUCUUGAUUCCUUUGGGUAGAAAUUUGGCCGCAACGAAGGACGGCGAGGAAACGCAGAUGGCCUUCUUUUGGGUGUUUUGUACAUCUUUUUCUGCUCCUGCAUGGGGAGAUACUGCGCCUGUCAAGGCAUCACCGUGUGACGGCUGCUGCCGUUUUGUGCGCAACAACGUGUCUCCAAAGGAGAACACGCGGCGAUUUGGAGGCUGGUGUGGAGGGGAACCUCCCGCAGUAGCAGCCUUUUGGUGUCUCAGUGCUAUAACAAGUGUGAAUCCUAUUUGCUUUGAUAUUCGCGCAACGCGGAGAGGAUCUGGGAAGCGAGCUGUUCCGCAUGCUCCAAAUUGCGGUGUGGCAGCAAAGUCGUCUGAUUGCGAGUCAAUGCAUCUGAGCCAAUACUCCACUGCGGUGGAUAAGGAAGACUGGCAAGGCCCGCAUUCGCACAAGAGAGGCUUCGUGAGCCGCGCAUGGCAUGAGAGAGCAAAAAUCGUGGAUGUGAAAUGA